AUGCUGCUGCCUGCCCUCCUCUAUGGGGUGGUGUGGGCACUGGCCGAUGGGCGGUGGUGUGAGUGGACAGAGACAAUCCACGUGGAAGAGGAAGUAGCCCCUCGCCAGGAGGACCUGGUGCCCUGCACCAGUCUCUACCAUUACAGUCGCCUGGGCUGGCAGCCGGCCCUGCCCUGGAAUGGCCGUGCAGGGCUCACAGGGCCACCAGUGCCUGGACUCUGUCCCAUCUACAAGCCCCCAGAAACCCGGCCUGCCAUGUGGAACCGGACAGUGAGGGCAUGCUGCCCAGGCUGGGGCGGCACCCACUGCACUGAGGCUCUCGCCAAAGCCGGCCCUGCCAGCCACUGCUUUGCCACCUGGUAUUGCCAGCUGCAGGCAGGCUCAGUUAAUGCCUCAGCAGGCAGCCUGGAGGAGUGCUGCUCCCAGCCCUGGGGACACAGCUGGUGGAAUAGCAGCUCCCAGGCCUGCCUCAGCUGUUCCAACCAGCGCCUCCCAGGCAACACCUCUUCCCCGGCCCUCCUGCAGCCCCUGGCAGGGGCUGUGGGCCAGCUCUGGAGCCAGCGCCAGCGUCCCUCAGCCACCUGUGCCACCUGGUCUGGCUUCCACUACCGCACCUUUGAUGGGCGCCACUACCACUUCCUGGGCCGCUGCACCUACCUGCUGGCAGGAGUGGCUGAUUCCACCUGGGCUGUCCACCUGCGGCCUGGGGGCCACUGUCCCCAGCCUGGGAACUGUCAUUCGGUUCGUGUGGCAAUGGGCCCCGAGGAGGUACUGGUCCAGGGUGGCCAUGUCUCUGUGAAUGGGCAGCUGGUCCCCGAGGGGGAGUCUCGGCUGCUCCACGGGUUGAGCCUGCAGUGGCAGGGGGACUGGCUGGUGCUGUCAGGGGGCCUAGGAGUCGUUGUGCGGCUGGACAGGUCCAGCGCAGUCUCCAUCUCGGUGGACCAUGAGCUCUGGGGACUGACACAGGGCCUCUGUGGGCUCUACAAUGGCCGGCCUGAGGAUGACUUUGUAGAACCAGGUGGGGAACUGGCCAUGUUAGCUGCCACCUUUGGGAAUUCCUGGAGGCUCCUUGACUCUGAGCCUGGGUGUCUGGAUGCAGUGGAGGUGGCCCAGGGCUGUGAGGGCCUCCUGGGGGACACAGGGGCAGGAGUUGAACCUGGCCGACUGCGAGCAGAAGCCCAGGACGUGUGCCACCAACUGCUGGACAAUCCAUUCCGGCAGUGCCAUGCCCAGGUUCCCCCAGAUGAGUACCACGAGGCCUGCCUCAUCACCUACUGUGCAGGGGCCAUGGCAGGCAGCAGUCGGGAGGAGCUGCGGCAGGCCGUGUGCACCACGUUCACCAUCUACGCCCAGACCUGUGCCAAGCAGCGUGUCCAUGUGCACUGGCGGAAGCCUGGCUUCUGUGAGCGCCUGUGCCCUGGGGGCCAGCUCUACUCGGACUGCGUCUCCUCCUGCCCACGCAGCUGCUCAGCAGUGGGUGAGGCCGAGGAGCCGUCCUGCCGAGAAGAGUGUGUGAGUGGCUGUGAGUGCCCGGCCGGCCUCUUCUGGGAUGGCGCCCUCUGUGUGCCCGUUGCCCGAUGCCCCUGCUACCACCGGCGCCAGCGCUAUGCCCCUGGUGACACUGUGCACCAGCUGUGUAACCCGUGCGUGUGCCAGGAUGGCCUCUGGCACUGUGCCCAGGCCCGGUGCCCUGCUGAGUGUGCAGUGGGCGGGGACGGCCACUACCUCACUUUUGAUGGGCGGAGCUUCUCCUUCCGAGGCAGCCAGGGUUGCCGCUACAACUUGGUGCAGGACUACACGAAGGGGCAGCUGCUGAUCACGCUGGAGCACGGGGCCUGCGACUCUGGCAGCUGCCUCCACGCCCUCUCUGUCUCUCUGGGAGAUACCCACAUCCAGCUCAGGGACUCAGGAGCUGUCCUGGUUGAUGGUGAGGAUGUACACUUGCCCUGGAUUGGUGCUAGAGGGCUCAGCAUCUUCCAUGCCUCCUCUACCUUCCUGCUGCUGCGCUGGCCAGGGGCCCGACUCCUCUGGGGGCUAUCUGACCCGGCAGCCUACAUCACCUUGGACCCUCGGCUUGCCCAUCAGGUGCAGGGCCUGUGUGGCACCUUCACCUGGAACCAGUGGGAUGAUUUCCUGACACCAGCAGGGGACGUGGAGACCAGCGUUGCUGCCUUCACUAGCAAGUUCCAGGUGCUGGGCAAGGAAAGCUGUCCCCCAGGGGACAGUGCCCCCCUCUCUCCCUGCAGCAUCCACUCCCAGCACCACAUUUUUGCAGAGGCAGCCUGUGCCAUCCUGCAAGGCUCAACCUUUCAGGAGUGCCAUGGGCUGGUGGACAGGGAGCCAUUCCGGCUGCGCUGCCUGGCAGCCGUGUGUGGCUGUGCCACCGGCAGGGACUGCCUGUGCCCAGUGCUUUCCGCCUAUGCGCGCCGCUGUGCCCAGGAGGGGGCCCCGCCUCUCUGGAGGAACGAAACCCUCUGCCCUGUGCUGUGUCCUGGAGGCCAGGAGUACCAGGAGUGUGCCCCGGUGUGUGGUCUGCACUGCGGACAGCCAGAAGACUGCGGGGAGCUGGGUGGCUGUGUGGCUGGUUGUAACUGCCCCCCAGGGCUGCUAUGGGACCCCGAGGGCCAGUGUGUGCCCCCCAGCCUUUGCUCCUGCCAGCUUGGAGCCCACCGCUAUGCACCUGGCAGUGCCAUCACAAAGAACUGCAACCGCUGUGUCUGCCAGGACAGGGGUCUCUGGAACUGCACAGCUCACCGCUGCCCCCCACAGCGGACAUUCUGCCCCCGGGAGCUUGUCUAUGCCCCUGGUGCCUGCCUCCUCACCUGCGACAACCUCAGCGCCAACCUCUCCUGCCCCACGGGUGGCACUGACAGCUGUGUCUGUCCCCCAGGCACCGUGCUGCUGGAGGAGCGCUGUGUGCCUCCUGACCUCUGUCCCUGCCGUCACAAUGGGCAGUGGUACCCACCCAACGCCACCAUCCAGGAAGACUGCAAUGUUUGCGUGUGCCUGGACCGGCAGUGGCACUGCACAAAGCAUCAGUGCAGUGGUCGGUGCCAGGCAUCCGGCGGCCCCCACUAUGUGACCUUUGAUGGACUGGCUCUCACCUUCCCUGGGGCCUGUGAGUACCUGCUGGUGCGAGAGGCCAGCGGCCACUUCAGCGUCUCUGCCCAGAACCUGCCCUGCGGGGCCAGUGGCCUCACCUGCACCAAGGCACUGGCUGUGCGUCUGGAGACCACUGUCGUGCACCUGCUCAGAGGCCAGGCGGUGAUGGUGAAUGGGGUGAGCAUUACACCCCCCAAGGUGUACACAGGCCCUGGGCUGAGCCUGCGCCGAGCCGGCCUCUUCCUGCUGCUGACAACCCGCCUGGGCCUCACCCUGCUCUGGGAUGGAGGCACCCGGGUCCUGGUGCAGCUCUCUCCCCAGUUCCAUGGCCGUGUGGCUGGGUUGUGUGGAGACUUUGACGGAGAUGCCAGUAAUGACCUGCGGAGCCGCCAGGGAGUCCUGGAGCCCACAGCUGAGCUAGCUGCCCACUCCUGGCGCCUCAGUCCCCUCUGUCCUGAGCCAGGAGACCUGCCGCACCCCUGCACUGUGAACACCCACCGGGCCGGCUGGGCUCGGGCCCGCUGCGGGGUGAUGCUGCAGCCACUUUUUGCCCAGUGCCACUCCACAGUGGCCCCACAGCAGCACUACGAGUGGUGUGUUUACGAUGCCUGCGGCUGCGAUUCGGGAGGUGACUGUGAGUGCCUCUGCUCUGCCAUCGCCACCUACGCAGACGAGUGUGCCCGGCACGGCCACCAUGUGCGCUGGCGCAGUCAGGAGCUGUGCCCCUUGCAGUGUGAAGGCGGACAGGUGUAUGAGGCCUGUGGGCCCACAUGUCCCCCAACCUGCCAUGACCACCAGUCUGUGCCUGAGUGGCACUGCCGGGCAGUUGCCUGUGUGGAGGGCUGCUUCUGCCCCGAGGGGACCCUGCUGCAUGGAGGAAGCUGCGUGGAGCCGGCUGCCUGCCCCUGUGAGUGGCGUGGCAGCUCCUUCCCGCCGGGGACUGUGCUGCAGAAGGACUGUGAGAACUGUACGUGCCAGGAAAGCCAGUGGCACUGUGGCAGUGACGGUACCCACUGUGAGGAGGUGGUGCCUGGCUGUGCAGAGGGAGAGGCCCUGUGCCAGGAGAGCGGGCACUGUGUGCCCCAUGAGUGGCUUUGUGACAACCAGGAUGACUGUGGCGAUGGUUCAGACGAGGAGGGCUGUGCCACCCCAGGCUGUGGUGAGGGGCAGAUGUCCUGCAGCUCUGGCCACUGCCUGCCCCUGGCCCUGCUCUGUGAUGGGCAGGAUGAUUGUGGAGAUGGCAUGGAUGAGCAAGGCUGCCCGUGCCCACCAGACUCAUUGGCCUGUGCUGAUGGGCACUGCCUGCCCCCCGCCCUGCUGUGCGACGGGCACCCUGACUGCCCAGAUGCUGCUGAUGAAGAGUCCUGUCUAGGGCAGGUGGACUGCGUGCCUGGGGAGGUGUUCUGUGCUGAUGGUACCUGUGUGCGGGCCUUCCAGCUCUGUGACGGAGCCUGGGACUGCCCUGAUGGCGCGGAUGAGGGGCCUGGGCAUUGCCCCCUGCCCUCUCUGCCCGUGCCCCCCGCUGGCACCUUGCCUGGCCCAUCCACUGGCUCCGUGGACACUGCACCAAGUCCCUCCGCCAGCAGCGGCGCUGCGCCUCCCUGCGGCCCCUGGGAGUUCCCGUGCGGCAGCGGCGAGUGCACACCGCGGGGCUGGCGCUGCGACGCCGAGGAGGACUGCACCGACGGCAGUGACGAGCGCGGCUGCGGCCGGCCCUGUGCGCCGCACCACGUGCCCUGCGCCAGCGGCCCGCACUGCGUGGCCCCGGGGCAGUUCUGCGAUGGCGUGCGGCAGUGCCCCGAUGGCUUGGACGAGGCUCCCGACGCCUGCGAGAGGCUGCCAGCCCCAGGAGGCCCCAACAGGACAGGGGACCCCUGCCCAGAAUACACCUGCCCAAAUGGAGUCUGCAUUGGUUUCCAGCUGGUGUGUGAUGGGCAACCCGACUGCACGUUGGCAGGGGAGGCAGGGCCCUCCCCAGAAGAACAGGGUUGCGGGGCCUGGAGCCCCUGGAGCCCGUGGAGCCCGUGCAGCCAGACCUGCGGGCCUGGGGUGCAGGGCCGGAGCCGCCGCUGCUCCCCGCCCAGUGUUCCGGUGCUACAGUACUGCCCAGGCCCCGAGCACCAGUCUCAGGCCUGCUUCACUGUGGCCUGCCCAGUGGACGGUGAGUGGAGCUCCUGGUCUCCCUGGUCUGUGUGCUCUGACCCAUGCCAAGGGACUGUGACACGGCAGCGCCACUGCCACCCGCCCCAGAAUGGAGGCCAGGCCUGUGCCUUGCUGCCUGGAGGCCCUCACAGCACCCGCCAAACUAAGCCCUGCUCCCAGGAUGGCUGCCCCAAUGCCACCUGCUCGGGGGAGCUAGUGUUCUGGCCCUGUGCCCCCUGCCCUCUGACCUGUGAUGACAUCUCUGUCCAGGCCAGGUGCCCACCUGACCAUUCCUGCAGCAGCCCAGGCUGCUGGUGCCCAGAAGGUCAGGUGCUGGGCAGCGAGGGGCGGUGUGUGUGGCCUCGGCAGUGCCCCUGCCUGGUGGAUGGUGCCCGCUACUGGCCUGGGCAGCGCAUCAAGACCAACUGCCGACUCUGUGUCUGCCAAGAUGGGAGGCCGCGACGCUGCCGGCCCAACCCAGACUGUGCAGUGAGCUGUGGUUGGUCAUCUUGGUCCCCCUGGGCCGAGUGCCUGGGCCCUUGCGGGAGCCAGAGCAUCCAAUGGUCCUUCCGGAGUCCCAACAACCCCCGCCUCGUGGGCCAAGGUCACCAAUGCCGUGGCAUCCACCGCAAGGCCCGCAGGUGCCAGACAGAGCUGUGCGAGGGCUGUGAGCAGAGGGGCCGGGCCCGCCGUGUUGGGGAGCGCUGGCGUGGGGGCCCCUGCCUUGUGUGCCAGUGUCUGCACAACCACACUGCACACUGCUCCCCCUACUGCCCACUGGGCAGCUGCCCCAAGGGCUGGGUCCUAGUGGAAGGUGUGGGAGAAUCGUGCUGUCACUGUGCCCUGCCUGGAGAAAACCACACAGUGUCUCCAGUGACCACUCCUGCCCAAGCUCCAGAGCCCAGUCCCCAGAUUGGACCCCGUCUGACCACCUACAUUCUGCCUUCACUGGGCGACCCCUGCUACGCUCCCCUGCACCUGCCCCAGCUGCCCGAGGAGGGCCUACACGCAUUGCCCCAGCAGCUGGAGCACCUCCUGGGGGCUCCCACCAGGGUUCCCCACCCUCAGACAUGGAGCCCUGGAGAACACUACCUGCAGCUGGACCUGCUGCAGCCCCGAAACCUAACUGGCAUCAUCAUGCAGGGCGCUCGUCCCUCCAGUGCUUACGUCACCAGCUUCUCCCUCCAGUUCAGCAUUGAUGGUCUGCACUGGCAUGACUAUCACGACAUCCUGCCGGGCACCCUGCCUCCACCCAAGCUUGUCCCUGAAAGUCAGGGUGGCGAGGCCCCCGAGGUGUGGACAUUUGGCCAGAUGGUGCAGGCGAGGUACAUCCGCGUGUGGCCCCGUGAUGUCCCCCACAACGACGUUCGGCGCAGCGUCUUCCUGUGGGCUGAGCUGCUGGGCUUGUCCCCGCCAGUGUCCCCAUGCCCAGGCGCCAGGCACCGCUGUGAGAAUGGUGAGUGUGUCCCAACGGGAGGUGUGUGCGAUGGUGUUGCAGACUGCACAGACAGCUCUGAUGAGGAAGGCUGCUGGCCUCUGCCUGCAGGCACUGGCAGAGUCCAUUCCACAGCCAAGACCCCAGCCCUCUCCACGCAGUCAGGACAGCUGUCACACCCCCAGCCUGGGGAGGGACUGGCAGAGACUAGACGCUGGCCUGCCCAGCAGGGGUCACUCAUGCCCCCUACAGGCCAGAACGUCACUCCGUGCAGCCCUGGCCAGAUGCCCUGUGAGGUCCUGGGCUGCGUGGAGCCCAAGCAGCUGUGUGACGGGACGGAGGAUUGCCUCGAUGGCUCUGACGAGAGGCGCUGUGCAAGCCCACUGCCCUUCACGGUGCCCACCACGGCCCUGCCUGGCUUGCCGGCCUCCCAAGCCCUCUGCUCCCCAAGGCAAGUGAUCUGUGGCAGCGGGGAGUGCCUGCCUGCUGAGCGGCAAUGUGACCUGAAGCCCGACUGCCAGGAUGGCUCAGAUGAGGACGGCUGUGUGGACUGCGUGCUGGCUCCCUGGUCUGGCUGGAGCAGUUGCAGCCACAGCUGCGGCCUGGGCCUCGCCUUCCAGCGCCGAGAUCUGCUGCGGCCUCCCCUGCCUGGGGGCAACUGCCUGCUGGAGCGACUCCGCAGCCAGUCCUGCUUCCUGCAGGCCUGCCCAGUGCCUGGGGCAUGGGCCGAGUGGGAGGCCUGGGGACCCUGCAGCGUCUCCUGUGGGGGUGGUCAUCGGAGUCGCCGGAGGAGCUGUGUGGACCCCCCACCCAAGAAUGGCGGUGCCCCCUGCCCAGGGACCUCCCAGCAGAGGGUGCCUUGCCACUUGCAGCCCUGCACAGGCGGCACAGACUGCGGGCUGGGCCGUGUGCAUGUGAGCGCGGAGCUGUGCCAGCAGGGCCUGGUGCCCCCAUGCCCACCCACCUGCCUGGAUCCUGAAGCCAACAGCAGCUGCAGUGGGCUCUGUGUGGAGGGAUGCCGUUGCCCCCCUGGGCUCCUCCUCCUCGACAGCCGCUGCCUGCCCCUCUCUGAGUGCCCCUGCCUCGUGGGCGAGGAGCUGAAGCAGCCGGGGGUGUCCUUCCUCCUGGACAACUGCAGCCACUGCGUGUGUGAGCGGGGGUCGCUGCUGUGUGAGCCAGGGGGCUGUCCCCAGCCCUGUGGCUGGUCAGCCUGGUCCUCCUGGGCUCCCUGUGACCACUCCUGUGGCUCUGGAAUGAGGGCCAGGUUCAGGUCUCCCUCCAACCCUCCGGCGGCCUAUGGGGGUGCCCCAUGUGAAGGUGAUACGCGGGAGCUGCAGGUUUGCCACACGGAGUGUGGUACAGAGGCGCCGGGCUGGACAGCCUGGACAUCCUGGACCACCUGCUCUCAAAGUUGCCUUGUCCCUGGAGGGGGCCCAGGCUGGCGCCGCCGUGCCCGGCUCUGCCCCGACUCUGGAGCCAUACCCUGCCCUGGAGAGUCCACCCAGGAGGAGCCCUGCAGCCCCCCUGUGUGCCCAGUGCCGGCCGGCUGGGGUUUGUGGACUCCCUGGUCAGCUUGUUCAGCCCCCUGUGAUGGAGGUUUCCAGACUCGGGGACGGAACUGCUCUGGCUCAGCUCCUGGGGACACAGCCUGCCAGGGGCCCCACAGUCAGACCAGCGAUUGCAACACACAGCCCUGCACAGCCCAGUGCCCAGGGGACAUGGUGUUCCGCUCGGAGGAGCAGUGUCAGCAGGAGGGUGGCCCGUGCACUCGGCUGUGCCUGGCACAGAGCCCCGGGGUGGAGUGCAUGGGAUCCUGUGUCCCUGGCUGUGCCUGCCCCCCUGGUCUCUUCCUGCACAACACUAGCUGCCUACCCCGUGGCCAGUGCCCCUGCCAGCUGCACGGGCAGCUCUACACACCAGGAGCAGUGGCCCGCCUGGACCCCUGCAAUAACUGCACCUGUAUCUCUGGCAAGAUGAUAUGCACCUCGGAGCUCUGCCCAGUGGACUGUGGCUGGAGUCCCUGGACCCCAUGGAGCCUCUGUAGCCGCAGCUGCAACGUGGGCAUUCGGCGCCGCUUCCGGGCGGGCACUGCACCCCCAGCAGCCUUUGGAGGUGCUGAGUGCCAGGGCCCCAACAUGGAGGCUGAAUUCUGUAGCCUGCAGCCAUGCCGAGGUCCGAGUGGGGAGUGGGGCCCCUGGACCCCGUGCUCCGUGCCCUGUGGAGGUGGCUACAGGAACCGCACCCAAGGCAGUGGCCCACACAGCCCUAUGGAGUUCUCUACCUGUGGUCUACAGCCCUGUGCCGGGCCAGCACCGGGCAUGUGUCCCAGGGACAAGCGGUGGCUGGACUGUGCCCAGGGCCCUGCCUCCUGUGCAGAGCUCAGUGCCCUGAGAGGCGCCAACCAGACCUGCCACCCUGGCUGUUACUGCCCACCAGGGAUGCUCCUGCUGAACAAUGUGUGUGUGCCCGCCCAGGACUGCCCCUGUGCCCAUGGGGGGCACCUCCACGCCCCUGGCAGUGUUGUGCUCCGCCCCUGUGAAAACUGCUCCUGUGUGGCUGGGCUCAUCACCAACUGCAGCUCCUGGCCUUGUGAACAGGGUCAACCCACAUGGUCACCCUGGACCCCGUGGAGCAUGUGCUCAGCCUCCUGUGGCCCUGCCCGCCGCCAUCGGCACCGCUUCUGUGCCAGGACCCCCACCGUGGUGCUGAGCACCAUGGCCCCACUGCCCCCACCAGCCACCCCCACAUCUUUCUGCCCAGGCCCAGAGGCUGAGGAAGAGCCUUGCCUCCUGCCCCCGUGCGACCGAGCUGGGGGCUGGGGUCAUUGGGGGCCCUGGUCCAGCUGUAGCCGGAGCUGUGGGGGAGGCCUGCGCAGCCGGACCCGGGCCUGUGACCAGCCUGCACCCCAGGGCCUGGGGGACUAUUGUGAGGGGCCUCAGGCCCAGGGAGAAGCCUGCCAGGCUUGGCCAUGCCCAGUGACCAACUGCACCACCAUUGAAGGCACAGAGUACAGCACCUGUGGCCCUCCCUGCCCUCGCUCCUGUGAUGACCUAGUGCACUGCGUGUGGCGCUGCCAGCCCGGCUGCUACUGCCCACCAGGCCAAGUGCUGAGUGCUGACGGUGUCAUCUGUGUGCAUCCUGAUCACUGCAGCUGCCUGGACCUGCUGACCGGGCAGCGGCACCGUCCAGGCGCUCAGCUGCUGAGGCCAGAUGGCUGCAACCACUGCACCUGCAUGGAGGGGAGGCUGAACUGCACAGACCUGCCUUGCCCAGUGCCUGGAGCCUGGUGCCCAUGGUCGGAGUGGACAGCCUGCUCCCAGCCCUGCAGGGGCGAGAUGAGGACCCGUUCCCGGGCCUGCACCUGCCCUGCACCUCAGCAUGGGGGCGCCUCAUGCCCCGGGGAGGCUGAGGCUCAGCAUCAGAGGGAGGCCUGUCCCAGCCCUGCCACCUGCCCAGUGGAUGGAGCCUGGAGUCCGUGGGAGCCAUGGUCUCCCUGUGACACAUGCCUGGGACUGUCCCACCGGAGUCGGGCCUGCAGCCGGCCCCCCACCUCUGAGGGAGGCAGGCCCUGCCUGGGGGCCCACGUGCAGAGUCGCCCUUGUCAGGACAAUGCCACACAGUGCACAGACUGUGGGGGUGGCCUGGCUCUGCUCCCCUGUGGGCGGCCCUGCCCCCGCUCCUGCCAGGACCUGUCCCCUGGGAGUGUGUGCCAGCCAGGCUCAACCGGUUGCCAGCCCAACUGCGGGUGCCCCCUGGGCCAGCUCUUCCAGGACGGGCUCUGCGUGCACCCAGCCCGCUGCCGCUGCCAGUACCAACCUGGAGCCAUGGGGAUCCCUGGGAACCGGAGUCGUUCAGCAGGGUCCGGGCUCAGUUCUUGGGAGAGCCUGGAACCUGGAGAAGUGGUGACUGGGCCGUGUGACAACUGCACCUGCGUGGCAGGCAACCUGCAGUGCCAGGAGGUGCCCAGCUGCCCUGGCCUGGGAGUGUGGGACUCCUGGGGCCCCUGGGAGGAUUGCAGUGUCUCCUGCGGCGGAGGAGAGCAGCUGCGCUCCCGGCACUGUCCCCGACCCCCCUGCCCGGGGAACGCCCGCCAGAGCCGUACUUGCCACACCCAGGUGUGCAGAGGCUGCCCGGCCGGCCGCCUGUACCGUGAGUGCCAGCCCGGUGAGGGCUGCCCCUUCUCCUGUGCCCACGUCAUGGGGCAAGUGGACUGCUUCUCCGACAGCUGCGAGGAAGGCUGCCACUGCCCCCAGGGCGCCUUCCAGCACCAGCUGGCCUGCGUGCAGGAGUGCCCCUGUGUGCUGACAGCGUGGCUGCUGCAGGAGCUGGGAGCCACAGGCACUCAGCCUGGGGACCACCUGCCCUUUCUGGGAGAGAAGGCUCAGCCCCUUGGGCCUGGGGAUGAGCUGGGCUCAGGCCAGAUGCUUCGGAUAGGCUGUGGAAACUGCUCCUGUGCACACGGGAAGCUGUCCUGCUCCACGGAGGACUGCCCUCAGGCCCGUGGUGGUUUUGGUCCCUGGAGCCCCUGGGGCCAAUGCUCCCGCUCCUGUGGCGGGCUGGGCACCCGUACACGCAGCCGCCAGUGUGUGCGUCCCCUGCACCCUCCUGGUGGCCAGGGCUGCCUUGGGCGCCACCAGGACCUGGAGUACUGCCCCAGCCCGGACUGCCCUGGGGCUGAAGGGUCCACAGUGGUGCCAGUGACGGGCCUUCCAGGUGGCUGGGGCCCAUGGUCCCCGUGGUCCCCGUGCUCCCGCAGCUGCACAGACCCCACUCACCCUGCGUGGCGCAGCCGCAGCCGCCUCUGCCUUGCUAACUGCACUGUGGGGGACCCCACGCAGGAGCGCCCCUGCAACCUGCCUUCGUGCACAGAGCCGCUGCCCCUGUGCUCCGGUCCUGGCUGUGUGCCUGGGAACUGCUCCUGGGCAGCCUGGGGCCCCUGGGCACCUUGCUCGCGCAGCUGUGGGGUGGGCCAGCAGCGCCGCCUGCGGGCAUACCAUCCCCCUGGGCCCGGCGGCCACUGGUGUCCCGACAUCCUUACCGCUUACCAGGAGCGCCGCUUCUGCAACCUGCAUGCCUGCCCAGUGCCCGGGGGCUGGUCACGCUGGAGCCCCUGGUCCUGGUGUGACCGGAGCUGUGGGGGAGGCCAGUCCCUGAGGAGCCGCAGCUGCUCGAGCCCCCCACCCAAGAAUGGGGGUACCCCCUGUGCUGGGGAGAGGCACCACGUCCGGCUCUGCAACCCCAUGCCCUGUGAGGAAGGCUGCCCAGCGGGCAUGGAGCUGGUCACCUGCGCCAACCGCUGUCCCCGCCGCUGCUCGGACCUCCAGGAUGGAGUUGUGUGUCAGGGAGACCAGGCGUGCCAGUCGGGCUGCCGUUGCUCUGAGGGGUCCCUGGAGCAGGAUGGCGGCUGCGUGCCAAUCGGGCACUGCGAGUGCACAGAUGCCCAAGGCCACAGCUGGGCCCCGGGGAGCCAGCACCAGGAGGCCUGCAACAACUGCUCCUGCUGGGCCGGCCACCUCUCCUGCACGGCGCAGCCCUGCCCGCCUCCCACUCACUGCACCUGGAGCCGCUGGUCAGCCUGGAGUCCCUGCAGCCACUCGUGUGGGCCUCACGGGCAGCAGAGCCGCUUCCGGUCCUCCACAUCAGGUUCCUGGGCCCCGGAGUGUCAGGAGGAGCAAUCACAGAGCCAGCCCUGCCCUCAGGCCCCAUGCCCACCUCUGUGCCUGCAUGGCACCCGCCCCCAAGCCCUAGGGGACAGCUGGCUGCAGGGCGAGUGCCAGCAGUGCUCCUGCACCCCGGAGGGCGUGGUCUGCAAAGAAGACACCAAGUGUGCAGUGCCUGGGACCUGGACCAUGUGGUCCCCCUGGUCCGACUGCCCCGUCUCCUGUGGAGGUGGAAACCAGGUUCGCAACCGAUCCUGUACGGGCCCGACCCCCAGCCCCGGGGGAACCCCGUGCCGUGGCCCCAACACCCAGACACAACACUGCGGGCAGCAGCCUUGCCUGGACCUGCUGGAGGCCUGCUCCUGGGGCCCGUGGGGGCCCUGUUCCCAAAGCUGUGGCCCAGGCCUGGCCUCCCGCCCUGGGUCCUGCCCCUGCCUGCUGGCCGAGGCAGACCCUGCCUGCAAUGGCACCUUUGCCCACCUGGACACCCGAGCCUGCUACCUGGGGCCCUGCCUGGAGCAGUGCGUGUGGAGCAGCUGGAGCAGCUGGACACGCUGCUCAUGCCAGGUACUGGUGCAGCAGCGCUACCGACACCAGAGCCCCGCCUCUGGAGACGCUGGGGCAGGGGCCACCUGCACACGUCUGGAUGGCCACUUCCGGCCUUGUCUCACCAGCAACUGCUCAGAGAACAGCUGCACACCUCCCUUCAAGUUCCAGCCCUGUGGCUUCCCCUGUGCUGGGCUCUGUGCCACACACCUGAGCCAUCAUCUCUGCCAGGACCUGCCGCCCUGCCAGCCUGGCUGCUAUUGCCCCAAGGGGCUGCUGGAGCAAGCGGGGGGCUGCAUCCCCCCAGAGGAGUGUAACUGCCAGCACACCUCAGAAGAGGGAGCCAGGUUGACCCUGGCCCCCGGGGACCACCUGCGACUGGGCUGUAAGGAGUGUGAAUGCCAGCAUGGGGAGCUUCAGUGCAGCAGCCAGGGCUGUCAAGGUCUUCUGCCUCUGAGUGGCUGGUCGGAGUGGUCACCCUGUGGGCCCUGCCUGCCCUCCAGCAUCCUGGCCCCCUCCUCUAGAACCACCCUGGAAGGGCACUGGGCGCUGGACCCAGCCAGUCUCUCCCCAGCCUCGGCUCCCAUGCUGGCUUCGGAGCAGCACCGCCACCGCCUCUGUCUGGACCCUGAGACAGGGAGACCCUGGGCCGGAGCCCCAGACCUCUGCACCGCCCCCCUCAGCCAGCACCGCCUCUGUCCUGACCCUGCGGUCUGCCGCGAUUCCUGCCUGUGGGGUCCGUGGGGGCCCUGGAGCCCUUGCCAGGUGCCCUGCAGUGGGGGAUUCCGGCUGCGCUGGAGAGAGGCAAGGGGCCCCCCUGGAGGAGGCUGUCAGGGGCCAUGGGCUCAGACUGAGAGCUGCAACAUGGGGUCUUGCCCAGGGGAGAGCUGUGAGGCCCGGAACACUGUGGCCACCCUUGACUGUGCCAACCGGUGCCCUCGCAGCUGUGUCGAUCUGUGGGACCGUGUGCAGUGCCUGCAGGGACCCUGCCGCCCAGGCUGCCGCUGUCCCCCUGGUCAGCUGGUGCAGGAUGGGCACUGCGUGCCCAUCUCCUCUUGUCGCUGUGGCCUUCCCAGUGCCAACGCCUCAAGGGAGCUGGUCCCAGCCGAGGUGGUGCAGCUGGACUGCCAGAACUGCACCUGUGUCAAUGGGUCCCUGGUGUGCCCACACCAAACAUGUCCAGUGCUGGGGCCUUGGUCAGCCUGGAGCGCGUGCUCAGCUCCCUGUGCUGGGGGCACGAUGAAGCGCCAUCGGAGCUGCCAGGAGCGCCCUGGAGGGGCACCAUGCCAGGCCCAGGACACAGAGCAAUGGCAGGCGUGCAGCCCGCAGCCUUGCCCUGAGUGCCCCCCUGGCCAGGUGCUCACGUCCUGUGCCACCUUGUGUCCACACCUCUGCUCCCACCUGCAGCCUGGCACCGUCUGUGUGCAGGAACCCUGCCAGCCUGGCUGUGGCUGCCCUAGUGGGCAGCUGCUGCACAACGGCACGUGUGUGCUGCCCGCUGCCUGCCCCUGCCCCCAGCUCACUCUGCCCUGGGGCCUCAACUUGACCCUUGAAGAGCAGGCCCGGGAGCUGCCCCCAGGGACCGUGCUCACCCAGAACUGCACCCGCUGUGUCUGCCAAGGUGGCGCCUUCAGCUGCUCCCUCACCGACUGUCAGGUGUGCCCCCCAGGGGAAAUAUGGCAACAGGUGGCCGCCGGGGAGCUCGGGCCCUGCGAGCAGACAUGCCAGGAGACAAACACCACAGAGGCUCUGAGCAACUGCAGUGCCUCACAGGACCCCAGCUGUGUGUGCCAGCGAGGGCACUUCCGCAGCCUGGCGGGCCCCUGCGUCCCUGCAGACCUCUGCGAGUGCUGGCACCAUGGGCAUCCCCACUUGCCCGGAUCCAAAUGGCAGGAGGCCUGUGAGAGCUGCCACUGCCUUAAUGGCAGGAGUGUCUGCACCCGGCACUGUCCCCUCCUCACCUGUGCUCAGGGCGAGGUGAAGGUGCAGGAACCGGGGAGCUGUUGUCCCACGUGCCGCCUGGAGGCUCUGGCACCCUGCCGGCACCUCACGGAGCUUCGAAACCUCAGCAAGGGCCCCUGCCACCUGGAUCAGGUAGAAGUGAGCUACUGCAGUGGGCACUGCCCAUCCAGCACCAAUGUCAUGCCUGAGGAGCCCUACCUGCAGAGCCAGUGCGACUGCUGUAGCUACCGCCUGGACCCCGAGAGCCCGGUGCGGAUCCUGAACCUGCGCUGUCCAGGAGGCCGAUCUGAGCCAGUGGUGCUGCCGGUCAUCCAGGGCUGCCAGUGCAGCGCCUGCCAGGGAGGUGACUUCUCAAAGCGCUGACAGGCCCCUACUCAAUGAGUCUACUGCCACUCUUGUCAUCUGGGGAUUCUGAGGCCCUGGCCACCUCCUCCCGGGCCUGCCCACCUACCCCUGACCAAGAA